AUGUCUCCAAUUCUUCAGGAUCCUAAUCUGACCUUGAAUAGCACCAGCCCUGGUGUGGAUUCUCUGACGAACGGAAUGAAAAGAACUCAGGCAAUUGCCAUUGUUGGGAUGAGCUGCCGGUUCCCCGGGGACUCAAACUCCCCCGAGGAAUUCUGGAAGCUAUGUGCCGAAGGUCGAGAUGCAUGGUCGGAACACCCAUCUAGCAGAUUCAAUGCGAGCUCCUUUUAUCAUCCGAGUGUUGAACGGAAUGGUUCCAUGGUCAUGCGUGGCGGAUAUUACUUGAAGCAAGAUAUCUCUCAUUUUGACGCUCAAUUUUUCCAGAUAAGUGCAACUGAGGCGAAGGCUAUGGACCCCCAACAGAGGAUCCUGCUUGAGUGUGUGUACGAAGCUCUGGAGAGCGCGGGUAUUCGCUUGGACAGUAUCAGAGGGACAAACACCUCGGUCUACACAUCAGCGUUUAAUAUGGACUAUGAUCAACUGCUAAAAUGUGACCCAGAGAACCUGCCCGUGUAUCAAUCCACGGGAAACGCUCCCUCGAUCCUGUCCAAUCGAAUCUCUCACUUCUUCGAUUUGAGAGGACCCAGCGUCACCAUUGAUACCGCUUGCUCGUCGAGUCUCGUAGCUCUGAAUACAGCAUGUAACGAUUUACGUUCCGGUAAAUCUAAACAAGCAAUUGUAGGAGCUGCAAACCUGAUCAUCAAUCCGGAUCGAGCGGUUGAAAUGACUCGACAGGGCUUCUUUUCACCAGACGGGCGAUGUUAUACCUUUGAUGACCGCGCUGAAGGGUACGCCCGUGGCGAAGGAAUCGCCUGCGUUGUCUUGAAAACCUUAAACGAUGCCCUGCGGGAUGGCGACCCCAUCAGAGCAGUUAUUCGAGAAACUUUCACCAACCAAGAUGGAAGAACCGCAGGUAUAACACUACCCAACCGUGAUGCACAAGAACAACUGAUUCGCUCUGCCUAUAUAAGAGCCGCUUUAAGUCCACUGGACACCAGUUACGUCGAAGCGCACGGUACUGGGACAGCAGCGGGUGAUCCAGUUGAGGCCGAAGCUAUUGCAGCAGUGUUUGGUGAAGGAAGACCGAGUCAUCAGCCACUCCGCCUUGCGUCGGUUAAAACAAAUGUUGGGCAUUUGGAGUCUACAAGUGGACUUGCGGGCGUGAUCAGGUGUGUGAUGAUGCUUGAAAAGAGGGCCAUCGCCCCGAGCCUCAAUUUCAGACGAGCAAAUCCACGCAUCCCUUUGGAGGAAUGGAAACUCAUGGUACCUCAGAAACUGGAAACAUGGCCGUGUGAUGGUGUUCGACGUGUGUCGGUCAAUAGUUUUGGGUUCGGGGGUACGAACGCACACCUCAUCAUGGAAGAUGCAGGCCAAUAUCUUGCCCUACGUGGAAUGAAAUUAUCGCAUCGAUCAGUAUCCCCUCAGAGAGGCGAAGAGCCUACUGUGUUGGGAAAAAGCGAUAGUCAACGACGACUUUUCGUCGUCACUUCCAACGACAAGGAAACUUUGAAAAUGUCCCUGCAGAAUUUGAAACACUACGUUCAAAUGCAUACUUCUCAACAAGUGGAAUGUUUCAUGGGUGACCUUGCUUACACGUUGAAUCAGCGCCGGACUAUGCUGCCAUGGAAGACUGCAGUCUCAGCAGCGUCAGCAGUAGAACUCAUCGAGUCACUCCAAGUUCCGAAUAUAACGCGUUUGUCCACAAAGGUUCCGAGAAUUGGUUUCGUGUUUACUGGCCAAGGGGCACAAUGGCACGGAAUGGCACAAGAGCUGAUCCAUACGUUUCCAGUGUUUGAGUUGACCUUGGUCGAGGCUAAUUACCAUUUGCAAAAAAUGGGAGCAACAUGGUCAAUCUUCGAUGAGCUGAACCGCGACAAAAGCACAACCAAGAUCAACAUCGCCGCCAUCUGCCAGCCGUUGUGUACUGCCAUCCAGAUAGGCCUAGUAAAUCUCCUACAGUCCUGGGGUGUUCAAGCCUCUGCAGUUAUCGGGCAUUCAAGUGGGGAGGCUGCUGCGGCUUAUGCUGCUGGUGCCCUAACAAUGGAUGCGGCUCUGUCCAUCUCUUAUUUCAAAGGAUUGCUCUCUACCAGCAUCUCUAGCAAAGCUCCUCAUAUUCCUGGUGCCAUGAUGGCUGUCGGCCUAUCCCAAGAGGAGGCUGAGACUUAUAUCUCAACUGUUUCUUCAGGAUAUAUCACCGUUGCUUGCAUAAACAGCCCCUCUAACGUGACGUUGUCUGGUGAUUCUUCCGCCAUUGAUGAGAUACUCAGCCAGCUUCAGUCUAAAAAUGUCUUUGCUCGCAAGUUGAACUCAGACACUGCGUAUCAUUCGCAUCAUAUGCAAGCCAUUGCAGACGACUAUCUCAUGACAUUGCGGGACCUACGAACGAACCCGCUGACGAGAGUUCCAUAUUGGAGUUCAGUUACUAGCCAAAUUGCCGAAGCCACAGACCUAGACGCCAAAUACUGGGUCAGGAAUAUGCUUUCCCCUGUAAGGUUUUUAGAAUCUCUACGGAAUUUGUGCCUUUGCUCCCCACAAGCACGCCAUCAAGGCCCAGGAAGGCAAGACAGUGCUAUCGAGUUUCUUAUUGAGAUUGGACCACAUCCCACUCUAGCAAGCCCCGUGAAACAGAUCCUGAGAGCUCCGGAAUUGAAAGACGCAAACAUUGAGUAUGCAUCUACCUUGUGCCGAAACAGCAAUGCUGUGGCCUCAAUGCUUAACUCUGCAUCUGCAAUAUUUACCGCGGGGUAUCCCCUCAAGACGAGCGCUAUCAACUUUCCCCAGUCCGAACGUUCGCCGCGUGUCCUAGUGGACUUACCCCCCUAUGUAUGGAAGCAUGCCGUGAGCUAUUGGCACGAGAGUCGCCUCAGUCUGAACCAUCGGUACAGACCAAAUCCCCGACAUGACCUCCUAGGCGCCCCUGUAAAUGAUUUCAAUGAGUUGGAGCCGAGGUGGAGAAACAUUCUUCGCGUCUCGGACAUCCCUUGGGUGCGGGACCAUGUGGUGCAAUCCAGUAUUGUCUAUCCGGCUGCAGGAUACAUCGCAAUGGCCAUAGAAGCAGUUGCACAACGCAUCUCGAAUCAAGACACUACCAUACUUGGUUUUAGACUACGAAACCUUGACAUCAGUAAGGCGCUCGUGAUUCCCGAUGACUCUGACGGCAUUGAAACAAGUUUUGUUCUUCAUCCAUUGAAUGGGUGUAAUGGAGGCUCUUCAGCUACUUGGCAAGAAUUUUGCCUCUACUCACAUGGCAAAGAGGAGGGGUGGUCUGAGCAUUGUCGUGGUCUAAUUGCUGUGGUCGUGAAAGAAUCCAAAUCAGGGAUUGACACCAAAGAGAAGAGCCAGGUGCUAGAGACUAACCGACAGAAAUUUGCAGAUGGGGCCACUGCUUGUCGCGAAGUAAUUGACAUCCACGAAUUGUAUCGCCUCCUUGAAACUCUCCAACUUGAAUUUGGUGGCACUUUCAAAAACUUGAUCGACGCACAUGGCGGACCUUGCCAAGCUUUAUGUACCAUCGCAAUUCCCGAUACGAAAGCUGUCAUGCCACAAGGUUUUGAAUAUCCCCAUGUCGUCCACCCGGCGACAAUGGACGCCAUUCUCCAGACCUCCAUCGUCUCACUGAUGAGCACUGGGACACUAGAAGCACCUAUGUUGCCAAAGUAUAUCAAGGAAAUUUUCGUCGCCGCAGACAUCGACAAGACCGCGGGCCAUCAGUUUUCAGUCCAUGCGUCUACUCAAUCAAUGAGUCCUCACGGAACCGAAACCAUCAUCACAGUGGUUGACGACUCUAACAGUGACAAAACCACUGUUGUCGAGGUUAAGAAAUUGAAAUGUGUCUCACUGGCAGGCAGAGACUUUGUAAAACAGAAUGCGCAACGGAGAAAGCUCUGCUAUAACAUGUCUUGGGAACCUGAUGUCGACAUGCUUACUCUUGAAAUGUCCAGAAAGGUCUUGUCCGCAAAAUCGGGCGCUGUUGAUCCUAUCGCAAUUUCCGUUUUAGAUCUCGUUUCCCUCCAGUACAUUCAGAAUGCGCUCAAGGUACUGAAAGAGUCGGACUACGACACUAUGCAGCCGCACCAUAAACGAUGCUAUAAGUGGAUGCAACUGCAAUCCAACCUUGCCUCAGCUGGCAAGCUGGAGACUCUCAAUUUACUGGAAGCAGCCGGUGACUCCGUUAAUGUGGACAAACUUCGCAAUGAGCUUCAAAAUAGCCCCGAUGGCCGGUUACUUGAUAAGGUGGGAAGCAACCUGGUUCGCAUUUUGACGAAUCAAGUCCAGCCUCUAGACCUGAUGAUGGAAAAUGACCUGCUGCAUGAAUUGUACGGCAAUGGCAUCGGUGUCGACCGCUCCACGGAACAACUGGCUUCGUACGCCGUCAAGCUCAGUCACAAAUACCCGAAUAUGAACAUCUUGGAGAUUGGUGGUGGUACAGGCGGGACCACGUUGCCGAUAUUGCAGGCAUUGGGUGGAAAUGACAGCCGCGACGCUCGCUUUAGCCAUUAUACAUUCACUGACAUCUCCUCUGGUUUCUUCGAGAAAUCACGGGCUAAAUUCAACGCUUGGUCAGGACUCAUGAGCUUCAAGAAGCUUAAUAUCGAGUGUGACCCCGAAGAGCAAGGAUUCCAGAAAGAAGGGUUUGAUCUGGUUAUUGCAGCCAAUGUCGUGCACGCUACUCGGAGCCUGGACAAUACAAUGCAGAAUAUCCGAAGUCUUUUAAAGCCAAACGGGAAACUGAUCUUGGUCGAGAUAACGAAUCCGGCCGUCCGUGUUUCCUUGAUCUUUGGAACACUGCCUGGGUGGUGGUUAGCUACUGAGGAAAGUCGUGAGGCUGGCCCAACUGUGGCGGACUCCCAGUGGGAGGCCGUUCUGAAGAAGAACGGCUUCAGUGGGCUGGACGUAUGUUUGUGGGACCAGCCAGAAAGAAAGGACCAUCUAACCAGUCUUAUCGUAUCUACUGCACUGUCUGCCGCUGAAAGUAAGUACCCAGAGAUAACAUUGAUCCACGAUGGAUCGCUGGAUAGUACAUUCCUGGGUCUUUUGCAGGGAUCCUUGGGUAAGGUUGUUGGUGUGCCACCGACGUUGAGCUUACUAGAAAAUUAUCGGGUGGAUGGUAGGGCUUGCAUUUUUCUUAUCGAGCUCAACCGUCCAAUUCUCUCUCGUCUCAGUUCUUCCCAGUUUUAUGGCAUCAAAAGAGCCAUUACAACGGCACAGGCUGUUCUGUGGAUCUCUCGUGGAGGUACAACUCCCUCGCCGGAAAACCCCGAAGCCAGUAUGGUCUCUGGCCUCUUCCGUACACUGAGGUACGAGCUUAAGCUGUCAAAGUUGGUGAUGCUUGACCUUGACCCUCAAACCCCCCACGAUGGAACAACAGACAUAGAGGCAAUCAUAAGUGUCUUCCGAUCUGUUUUCAGUCUCGAAAGUGACAAAAUAGUAUCCGAAAAUGAGUUUUCUGUGAGGGAUAAACUGAUAUCCAUCCCCCGCGUUCUCGAAAAUAAUCAAAUGAACGACUACAUUUCAGCGAGAGCUGCGCCGAAACGAUCUGAGCAGCAGGCUUUCAACCAAACUUCUCGAUUUUUGCAUCUGGAAAUAGAGAGACCGGGCCUCCUCGACUCGUUCAUAUUCGUGGACAAUCCAACGUUUGCUCUUCCACUGGGAGAUGAUGAGGUGGAGAUAGAGACUAGAGCCUGUGGCUUGAACUUCCACGACGUCCUGACUGCCAUGGGCCACAUUGAAAGUGGGCCUCUGGGGUAUGAGUGCAGUGGGGUUAUUCGACGUAUUGGAAAUCAAGUGAAGUCCGUCGCUGUAGGCACACGCGUCUUUGCUUGGGUAAUCGGGGCAUUCGGGAACUAUGUCCGCACCGAGAAGAAAUUUGUCCAAAGAAUACCGCGGGGGAUGACCUACGAGGAAGCUGCCUCAGUACCUGCCGUAUAUUCCACGGCCUACAUAUCAUUAUGUGAAAUAGCACGCCUCUGCAAAGGGGAGACUGUACUCAUCCAUGCCGCUGCAGGUGGGGUUGGCCAAGCGGCGAUCGCCUUGGCUCAGUGGAUUGGAGCUGAGAUAUUCGCCACGGUGAGCACAGUGGAGAAGAGGCAGUUCAUCAUGGAGCGGUAUCACAUCGCCGAAGACCACAUUUUCUCCAGCAGAGACACCAUAUUUGCCUCAGGGGUCAUGAGAUUGACCGAGAACAAAGGAGUUAACGUUAUUUUGAACUCGCUAUCUGGAGAUGGACUGAGAGAGUCAUGGAAUUGCAUUUCUAUGUUUGGCCGUUUCCUUGAAAUUGGCAAGCGAGACCUAUUCUCCAACAGUCUACUGGAGAUGGAGCCAUUUCUGCGCCAUGUCAGUUUUUCCGCCAUUGACCUCGACACCAUCCUCUACCACAAGAGCGACUACGCUGCCGAGAUCUUAGCGAAUGUUAUGGAGUUACUUGAAAAGAAGGUCAUUGAACCAGUGAAACCAAUUACGGUCUUUUCAAUGUCCGAGGUCGAAGCCGCUUUCCGAUUGAUGCAGCGAGGGAAGCACAUGGGAAAGAUCGUCAUUGCCCCGCAAGCAGAGGAUAAAGUUAAAGCAUCAGUGAGAGUGUUGGCCAACUCCUUGUUCCGGGAUGAUGUUUCCUAUUUGCUAGUCGGUGGUCUAGGUGGCCUUGGAAAGGCCAUUGCCCAGUGGAUGGUCUGGAAUGGGGCGAAGAACAUAGUUUUCCUAUCUCGCAGCGGACUAAACUCCCAGAGCUCCCAGGAAUUUGUUCAGGACCUCGAUAGAGACGGCGCUAACGUCACGAGUCACACUGGCAACGUCUGUGAUGAAAAACAAGUAACUGAAAUCGUGAAAGAGUGCGCAGCCCGAAAACGUCCUAUAUGCGGGAUUAUACAAUGUGCAAUGGUUUUGAAGGACGUCUCAUUCGAAAAGAUGACUCCCAACGAUUAUGAAUCUGUGAUCCUCCCCAAGGUUAGUGGAUCAUGGAACCUUCACCAAUGCACCCUACAGACCGAGUUGGACUUCUUCGUAAUUCUGAGCUCGGCUGUUGGGGUGGUAGGAAAUCCAGGACAGAGUAACUACGCUGCAGCGUCAGCCUUUCAAGACGCUUUAUCCUGUCACCGAGUCUCCAUGGGCCUCCCAUCGGUAACCAUCGACUUGGGUGUUGUUCAAGGAGCGGGGUUUGUGUUUGAAAAUGACCAGACGAAAACCAGGCUGAAGCAGCAGCUCUACGAUGAAAUUGGCAUCGAGGAACUCCGUGCAAUCCUACAGUUUGUAGUCACCCAGUCUGUCGAGAAUCAGUCUUCCCAGGUCAUUACUGGCAUACAUAUCUCAGAAGUCUUUGACCUAGCUUCUGAAGAAUUGGGGAAAACUCGUCAGAAGCCGCUAUGGACACAGGACCCAAAGUUCUCUCAUUUACGUUCCGGGUCAGUAAUAAAGCUUCGAGACGGUGAAGAUCUGGCCAAAGUGCUUCGUGACAAGUUUAAGAAGGCCCAAACCCUAGAGGAAGGGUCCUCGAUUCUACAAGAAGGAAUUAUGGACAAAUUAUCUCGACUAUUGAUGGUUCCAAAGGACAACAUUAGUCCAAAUCAUACCACUGCCGCCCUGGGUGUCGACUCGCUCAUCGGAGUUGAGCUGCGUAAUUGGAUUUUACAUGAGCUCAAAGCUAAUAUACCGCUCUUUGAAAUCCUUGGAAAGGCCUCUAUUGCAACUUUGUCCCAUCGAAUCGCGACCAAAUCCGACCUCGUUGGACCUACAGUCCGCGAGACCAGCAACCGGAAAAGCCGUUCGGCGGAUCCUCUGAGUGAGAUAAGAAGAGAAGCUUCGGAGAAUUCGGUCCCUCAGGAUCACCAAAAGGGGAUAAAACGCUCCAAGGAACCCCACCGAGUACGAAAAAUGCGUGCGCUGGUUGAGAAGUACUCCCGUGGUCUUCAGCCUGCAAGGCACUCACCAGUGGAAGAUGAUAAAUGGACUGUGAUGCUCAUCGGAUCCACUGGUUCAGCGGGUUCGUAUCUGCUAGAGCGUCUGCUCCAGCAUCCCAAGGUCAUCAAAAUUAUCUGUCUCAACCGGUCGAUCAACGGCAGGGAACGACAGACCGGGGCGAAUGCAUUACGUGACCUUCCCGCCAAUUUUACCUGCGACCGAGUGGAGUUUGUCCAAGCCAAGCUGGGUGCUCAUGACCUAGGCCUCGCUCCAGAAACCUACAGGUCGCUGCUAUCGUCGGUAACGCAUGUGAUCCACGCUGCAUGGAAACUCGAUCUCGUUUCCCCUGUUGAGGAAUUUGAGCGUGACCAUCUUUGCGGUGUGCGAAACGUUAUUCAAUUCAGUAUCUCAUCGUCCAAGGUGCCGCGUAUCUAUUUUCUAUCCAGCCUCUCAGCUGUUAUUGACUGGCAAAGGCACCAACCAGGAUUCAUCCCGGAAGAGAUCAUAGAUGAUUACAAUACAGCAAUCCCCUUGGGCUACGGUGAAUCGAAGCUAGUUGCGGAGCAAUUGCUGAAUAUUGCAAGCAAGUGUUGCGGAGUCUUGACAUAUGUGAUUCGGGCCGGACAACUUACUGGCCCAGUGCAUAGGAAAGGCAUGUGGAAUAGAACAGAAUGGUUUCCCAGCAUGAUUGCUAGCGGACGGUAUUUAGGCCUCUUGCCUGAGACGAUAAAGGGAGCCGAUACUAUCGAUUGGGUUCCUGUCGAUAUCUUUGCGCAAACCGUUAUGGAAUUGAUCGACAGCGCCGAGAUCACGUCUUCUUCUCUCCCAACAGUCUACAACGUCGUGAACCCGCGGUCCGCCCAAUGGGGUCUCCUUCUCCCCGCUGUCAUUGCCUAUUUAAACCGGACACAGGUUUCUGUUCAAACCGUGCCUUUCGACACUUGGAUCAAUGCGUUAAAGGAAUCCACAACCAAUGGAACGCAGGACAGUGCUAGUCAGAACCCGGCAAGUUACUUCUUGGAACUUCUCCGAAUACUUGGGGAAAGGGAGGAAGUCGCAAUUCCGGAAAUACGGCGGGCCCUAGCUGCAAGCAACAGUUUAGCUUCCAUGGAACCGGUUCAGGAUAAAUGGGUGAUGAAGUGGAUGCAGGAGUGGGAAAUGUAA